AAUGUGUGACGUGUGGUUGAAUAGUGGUGUGAUAUGAUUAGAUAUUCAAUUUCAAAUGUAGUGUGUGUCGCCGCUGGAGGAUAUCGGACGUUUGUUUUCUCAUUGAGACAUUGUUUAGUCCCGGUAUAACAUAAAACGGAAAAAAGCUGGCUAACCUUAAUUAAUAAUAGAUUUUUUGCGUUGCCAAGGUGAGACGCGGUUAGAUACCACUGCUGCCUAGAUUUGUACUUCACGGUUCGUGGUAUAUUCACAAAAAAGACGAGCUGGGAUUUUCAAAUGUGUCCCAUAUAGAUAGAGUUCAGCGUUUAGUCAUAAUCAGCAAUAAAAUUGCGCGUACAGUAGUAAAUACAUUGAAGAUUUUAAGUUGAAUUAAAAAGUAUUUUGGAAGAAUGGAAGACUUGAGUUUCAUCCCGGAUAUCCCGAGUGGGCCCCUUGAUGAAUAUAGAAACAGCGCCUCGUUUAAUUGGAAACGUUUGAAGUUGUCUUUGGAGGGAGACAUUGACUUGUUAAAACUUAAGUACAAAAUAUGGCAAACACUGGAAAACGACCCACUGUUUGCUCAUAGUCAUGUGAUGCUGACCACAGAUGAAGAGAAACGGAUAACACAAUUGCAACUAAAACGAAUAAAUCAGUACAAAUUCCUUACAAAUGAAACUUUCAGAUCUAAUUAUUCAAAAAAGACGAGAGCAUUGAUGACUAUAAAUGAGGCUGUAAAUUCUUUGAAUCCCAGUGUGUCUGUGAAAAUGGCCAUUGGCAUAUAUCUCGUAUCGAAUGCGUUACUCUCGCUCGGCACUGUAAGGCAUUUGAAAUUUUACGAGGCUACUAUAUUGAAUAGAGAGAUCUUAGCUAGCAUCGCUUUGACGGAGAUUGCGCACGGUUCAGAUGCAAAACUCAUGCGCACCACCGCAACAUAUGACCCCGCAACAAAGCAGUUUGUCAUACAUACACCGGACUUCGAGGCAGCUAAAUGCUGGGUUGGUAAUCUAGGAAAAACCUGCACGCACUCUCUACUGUUUGCACAGCUGAUAACUCCUGAUGGCACUAAUCACGGGCUGCAUGGUUUCCUGGUGCCGGUGAGGGAUCCAGCUACUCUGGAGGUGUACCCUGGACUUAUUAUUGGGGACAUGGGCGAGAAGAUCGGCGUCCACGGUAUUGACAAUGGGUUUAUAAUGUUCAACCAUUACCGGAUACCGCGCGAGAACCUCUUGAACAGGACCGCUGACGUCACCGAGGAUGGUGUCUACGAGAGCUCCUUCUCCGAUCCUUCUAGAAUAUUAGGCGCAGCACUGGAGAACUUAUCUGCGGGUCGCGUAGGUAUAAUGCAAGAGAGCUGCCACUCCAUAGCCAGCGCUGUGACGAUCGCGGUCCGGUACGCGGCGUCGCGGCGGCAGUUCGGCGAACGCAACCGCGAGAUACCGCUGAUCGAGUACGAACUGCAUCAAUGGAGGCUAUUCGGUUACGUGGCAGCAGCAGUUGUGUUCCGCUUGUACAUCGAGAGCUUCACCAAUGUAUACCUGAAAAUCGUGGAGAAGUCGAAUUCAGGACAACGAGUAGACAAUUUGAGCGAGGCGGUGGGUGAGAUCCACGCGAUGGUGUCGUGCAGUAAGCCCGCGCUCACCUGGACUGUGCUGGAGGCCGCGCAGCAGUGCCGCGAGGCGUGCGGCGGACACGGGUUCCUCAAGUGUGCACGCCUCGGCGACAUACGUAGUAACCACGAGCCUACAGUGACGUAUGAGGGAGACAAUAACGUGCUGUCUCAGCAGGCAGGCAACUGGCUACUGAGACAGUACGAGGCGGCAGUGAUGGGCAACGAGAUAGACUCCCCGCUCGGGACAAUCACUUUCCUGAAAGACUACGCUACCAUAUCGAAAGACGUGUUCACGUGUAAGGAAACUAGUCAUCUCAAGACUGCUCAAUUCAUAACGGACACUUACAAAUGGCUAAUAUGCUGGCUUUUAAAACAGACUCAUGAAAAAUACGAAAAGGAAAUGGCUAAAGGCCUAUCAAAGUUCCAAGCGAAGAUCAAAUCGCAAGUGUACAGGUGGAAGACACUCACUAGGGUGUACGCGGAGUACUUGGCUAUCGUGUUCUCUGUCCAAUCUAUAGCGAAGAAAGAGAAGGAACUGCAGCCGGUGUUGUACAAACUGUUCUACCUGUACGGGCUGUGGUCUCUGGAUAAACAUUUGGUGGAAUUGUACCAGGGGGGGUACGGGGUGGGUGAUGGACUGGCAAAGUUACUGCGGGACGCUGUGCUGGAGUUGUGCGGGGAACUAAAGGGCGAGAUGGUCAGUGUCGUGGAUGCGCUCGCGCCGACAGAUUUCGUUUUGAACUCGGUGCUCGGGAAGAGCGACGGUAAUGUAAGUAUCAAUUAUGUAUACUAA